AUGUCUUCUGCUGGUACAAGUACUGACCGAACAGGGUCAUCAAGAAGGGAGGAGCUGGAUAUCAGUUUGGGAAAUUGUUCUUCUUCUGCUAGAAAGCCGCUGGUUACGCGGAAGGUCCAGGCAUCCUCUUCUGCAGAGGAGUCUGGUGGCGACUCUAGUGCUGAAUUGGAUGCUGCUGGAAGUACUAAGGAUUCUGAAACUUCCAGAGAGCCAGAACUGAAUGCUGCUGACAGUGAUGACGGCCCGCCUGACUUGCCUGAAGGUACAGUUGUUGUUGAACCACAACCUGUCGCUGAGUCCAAGCUUAUCUUUAGAGGUCCUGAAUUUCCCAGCAAACGUCGAAGCAAUCAGAAAACGUUUGGAAAUUCAAUAGCUAGUAAAGUAACGUGUACAUCAUGUGGUAAGCAAUUAAAUCCCUCCAAAAAAGGGGCAAUUAAAAGGCAUCCUAAGUUAAAAGUAAUUGUUUGCAAGAAGUGUUACAAAUACUAUUCAAGUGGUGAAAUCUCGCAAGAUGCAGAUGGUCUUGAUGAACAGUGUCGAUGGUGUGGUGAGGGCGGCCGUCUUCUAGGCUGUGACUUUUGCCACAAUGCCUUUUGUAAAGGUUGUAUUCUGAGGAAUUUAGGUCGAUCUGAAUUAAGGAUUAUUACAGAUGCAGGUUCAGAAAAGUGGAAAUGCUAUGUUUGUGACCCUCCAAAAUUAAAAGCAUUAGUUUCACACUGCAAUGAAGUAUUCAAUCAGUUGGAAGAAGAACGAAACAGAGAGGACUUGAUGCAGAUCAAACAGGCAAAAUCACAAAGGAAGUCAUCAGCACCAGACUCAAGUGAUGAUAGUGAUCUUUAUACAAGAAAAAGACGACGAACACGAAUGGGCAAGAACAAAAAAGAAGAAAGUGCCCAAAAAGAAACGGUGAAAAAAAUGCCUCUGAGCAAGAAGGAAGUUGAAUCUAAAAGAGAAACCCGGGGUAGAAAACCAAAGAAAGAAAAAACUGAAUCUAGUAACGAAGAGGAUGCAGAAAAAGAAGAGGUAGCCAGUGAAAAGAUAAAAGUCAAAAAGGAAGAUAACUCUGAGUCUUCUAACUAUGAUUCCGAGUUAGAAAAGGAAAUAAAAAAGUUAUCUCAAAAAGUAGUUAUUAAGAAAUCUACCAAGCAGAAGAAAAAGGAAAAGUCAGAUACAGAAAGCAAAGAAAAUGAUAAAAAGAAAGGAAAAGGUAAAGAUAAUAAAAAUACAGAUGAAAUGUCCUUCUCUGAUUCCUCUCAUGAAUCUGCUGACAGCUCUGAUGAUGAAGAUGAUGAUAAAUCUAGCAAAGAGGAUGAAGCUAAAAUUAAAGAAGAGAAAGAAAAUGCUGAAAAAUUAGCUUCUAUGAUUGAAGAUGCUGAUAAAGAAGCAGAAGAGGAGGAGGAGGAAGAGGAAGAGGAGGAAGAUGAUGAAAGCUCUGACAGUGACAGCAGUGGAUCAGAUAUUAUCACAAACAAGAAAAGGAAGAGAGCGGACAAAAACAGUACCAAAAAAAGUGGAGAAGAUUCCACUUCUGAUGCGCAGCCUAAGAAAAAAAAGAGCAGUCGUUUAUUACAAGCCAAGUUGUCUGACUCAGACAGUGAUGAAAAGGGCAAGAAAAAGAAGAAAUCUGAUGAGAGCAGUGAUGAUUCUCUAUCAGAUGCUAGCAGUUCAUCGUCUUCAGAUUCUGAGUCUGGUUCAGAUACAAGCAAGAAGAAGAAGAAGAAAAAAGGCAAAGGUAAAAAAGGAAAGAAAGCAAGGAAGGAUUCUGAUGACUCUGAUGACUCAGAUGAAAGUAAGAAGAAAGGAAAGAAAGGUAAACGUCGGAAGCGUAUCAAGGCACCAAAAAAUUCUUCAGAUUCUGGGAGUGAUAGUGACAAGAAUUCUCCUGGUGGACCAAGCAAGAGAAAGAAAAUUAGGAAAUUGAUUUCUGACAAAAAAUUGACUGAUAGCACCAAAGCUGCUGCAAAGGCUGAAGAAGAACGCCGUAAGAGAGUUGCUGAGCGACAAAAAAAAUUUAAUCGAGUAUUUGUUGAUGAAGCAGUAGUAGCCCCUACUAAAUGCCCGGUGACUAAAAAAUUGGUUCUAGCUUUUGAUAAAGAGGAAAAGCCACUAUUGGAAGUUGACAAAAAUCUUGUCAUUAAAUUAAAACCUCAUCAAGUUGAAGCUGUUCAAUUUAUGUUUGAUUGUUGUGUGGAAACUUUAUCUCAACUAAAGAAAGAGGAAGGUGGAGGUUGUAUCCUUGCCCAUUGCAUGGGUCUUGGUAAAACUUUAUCAUUAAUUACAUUUGUUCACACUCUUUUGGUAAAUUCAAAGAGAACAAAAUUAAAAAGUUGUUUGGUUGUCUGCCCUCUGAACACCGUGUUGAACUGGAAGGAUGAAUGGGAAAAAUGGGAUUCAAACGAAGAUAUAAAUGUUUAUGAAAUGACAAAUGUCAAAAAUAACUGGCACCGAGCAGACACCCUCAAGUCUUGGUUAGAAGAUGGAGGAAUCAUGAUAAUUGGUUAUGAGAUGUACAGAAAUCUCAGUCAAGGACACCAUGUCAAAAACAAAAAGCAACGUAAAAUCUUUGAAGAGUGUCUUGUGAAUCCAGGACCUGAUUUAGUGGUGUGUGAUGAAGGGCAUGUUCUUAAAAAUGAUUCUUCUGGAGUUUCGAAAGCUAUGAAUAAAAUUCAUACCAAGCGCCGAAUUGUUCUCACUGGUACACCAUUACAGAAUAAUUUAAUUGAAUAUCAUUGUAUGGUUAGUUUUGUAAAACCAAAUUUGCUUGGAACACGUAAAGAAUUUUGCAACAGAUUUGUAAAUCCUAUUACCAAUGGCCAGUGUUCCGAUUCCACAUCAGCAGAUGUGAAGAUAAUGAAGAGACGUGCUCAUAUUCUCCAUGAUCUCCUUGAUGGCUGUGUACAGCGAAAGGACUACAAUGUUUUAACAGAUUUUUUGCCUCCUAAACUUGAAUAUGUGAUCUUAGUACGACUAUCUGAGGUCCAAAUUGAACUGUAUCAGAGAUAUUUGGAUCAGUAUUCCCACAUUGCUGCUAGCAAUACAGAGAAACGGCAAUCAGUGGGUCUCUUUGCUGACUAUCAGAAUCUCAUGAAAAUUUGGAGUCAUCCUUGGGUGCUAAAACUCGAUGAAAUAAGACAAGAAAGUAAGAAACGUUAUGACUCUGACAUGGAUUCAUUUAUUGAUGAUGAAACUGAAGAAUCAUUUAGUGAGUCUUCUUCCAAUAGUAGCGGUUUGGUAGAGCUAUCUGAUGACGAUGAUGAUGCUGCUCAAGCUACCACUGUCAGUAAGCCUUCCACAAGUACUCGUGCUACACGGGCAUCCAGACGUAGGGGGUCUGAUGAUGAAAAGAUGGAGGUUGUAAAAGAAUGGAAGACCAGAUCUCGAGGAGGAGGUGGUGGUGGUGAUGAUGAACCCUCUCUUGAGGUAGAAAAAGAAAAAGAAAAAGAUCAACCCCUAAGUACAGAGUGGUGGUCAGAAUACCUUAAGGACUCUGACUGUCAUAACCUGGAAUUAAGUGGGAAACUAAAACUCACCUUUGAGAUCCUGAGAAUGUGUGAAGACAUUGGGGACAAAGUAUUGAUCUUCAGCCAAAGUUUGCUAUCAUUAGAUUUGUUAGAAGACUUUUUGGAAUACAUUGACUCUGGUGCUGCAGAAGAAAAUAAAAAGAAAGAAAAUGAAAACAAAGAAAAUAACAAAGACAAAGACAAGGAGAAUGACAAAGAAAAAGACAAGGAAAAAGACAAGGAGAAAGACAAGGAGAAGAAGGACGACAAAGACAAGGAUAAAAGCAAAGAAAAGAAAAAGGGUAAAGACAAAAAGGAAGUAAAUGACUUUGGGAAUUCUUGGACCAAAGGUGCUGAUUAUUUUAGACUUGAUGGAUCUACACCUGCUCACUACAGAAAGAAGUGGGCUGAGUCCUUUAAUGAUCCUGAAAAUUACAGGUCACGUCUCUUCCUGAUUUCUACAAAGGCAGGAUCUCUGGGCAUCAAUCUUGUCUCAGCCAAUAGAGUAAUAAUCUUCGAUGCAUCAUGGAAUCCCUCUCAUGAUAUACAGUCCAUUUUCAGAGUAUAUAGAUUUGGACAGAACAAGCCCGUUUAUGUGUACAGACUUGUUGCACAGGGCACAAUGGAGGAGAAAAUUUAUGACAGACAGGUUACCAAACAAUCUUUGUCUCAACGAGUUAUUGAUGAGCACCAAAUAGAGCGUCAUUUCACACAAGCUGAUUUACAGGAACUUUAUGUAUUCAAGCCAGAAAAAUUAGAUGAUCCUAAUGCUCCAGAGCGACCCACACCAAUCUUGCCCAAGGAUCGCAUGUUAGCUGAAAUGCUUCAGGAACAAAAGCACUGGAUUGUGGCAUACCAUGAACAUGAUUCUUUGCUUGAGGAUCAACAAGAAGAGAAAUUGAGUGAAGAGGAACGAAAGGCAGCAUGGGAAGAAUUUGAAAAUGAAAAGAAAGGAAUUAUACGAAGAGGUCCAAUGCCCAUGCAAUAUAUGCCAGGUAUGAACUAUGCAAUGAAUCAGCCUUUCAUGAACCAGCAGAUGAAUAUGAACAUGAUGCAAAAUAUGUACCUGAUGCAGCAACAGAUGCAGAAUAAUCCGGUCAUAAGUCUACGCUCUCCAGAUAUUCAUAAUAUCGUUCAGAGGGUGAAGGCUUUAUACCCGAAUCUGCCUCCUGACCAAUUCCAGCUCAAGGUACAUGAAGUGAUGCGAGCUCAAAUAAAUCAACAAAUAGACAUGCAACAAAGGCAGGUUCAGGAACAAUUAAAGAGAGAGAUGGCCAGAAGUCAACAAAUGAAAGCCCAAAUAGCUCGUCAGUUUGACCACCUACAAUCCCAGCAACAAAGAAUGGUUGGCCCCCCAAUGGCUCAUGGUGCUGCUAACAUGAUGGGUCCACAGGGAGGUUCAUUAGCAAAUCCUGGUAGACCCAUGCCCAAUUCAGCAGCUACCAGCCAACAAUUAAUGGGCCUUCUCCAACAUGGCGGCAUGCCUGGAACACAGUAG